AAACGUUAAUUCCGGUUCCGGUUUUUCGGGACACGAGCGGCGGAACAAAUUUACCGGAUCUGUGUCUGAACCACGGGGAGCGACUGAGGGUCUGGGUCUGCUAAUAAACGUAAAUUCCGGUUCCGAUGUUUCUGCAACACGAGUGGCGGGACCGGGGAAGGGACUGAAGCUCUGUGUCUGAUCCACGGGAGAUACUCCGGAAAACAACCAGAGCACCAAAAGAUGUUGCAUGGCUGUAUAUUCAAGGUUGUUCGACAGCUGGUGAGACAUCAGGCGACUGACUCCUCCACCCUUGUACUGGAAAGAUCCUUGAAUCGGGUUCAGUUGCUCGGCCGUGUUGGGCAGGAUCCUGUUAUGCGACAGGUUGAUGGAAAGAAUCCUGUAACAAUCUUCUCAUUGGCCACCAAUGAAAUGUGGCGAUCUGGAGACAGUGAUACACUUGCAUCAGGAGACGUCAGCCAGAAGACAACUUGGCACCGAAUUUCCAUCUUUAGACCUGGUUUGAGAGAUUUGGCUUAUCAGUAUGUGAAGAAAGGAGCAAGGAUUUACGUGGAAGGGAAGCUAGACUACGGUGAAUAUACUGACAAAAGCAACGUUCGGCGACAGGCAACAACAGUUGUGGCAGGUGUGUCUGCGCAUGCACAGUGGGAGUAGAUUCGCCUAAAUAUCUGUUUUAGUAUGGACAGAGAUAAUUUUAAAAACGCCUAGUGCGGACGCCUGUCGUUUUUACUUGAAACCGGCGUUUUCAAAAUUAUCCGGUCUAGUGUGGACGUAGCCUGACACUGUAUAUAAACUAAUACCCUAAAUGCUGUGUGUCCUGAAGAGUGAACACAAGUACACCAGGUACGCCAGGAAUGGAACCAUCUACAGAAAGUGGUGGAUACAACCCAGUCUAUCACAGGUAAAGCCCUCCCCACCACACAGCACAUUCACAAGAAAACAGCCUCUAUCAUCAGCGACCAACACCAUCCAGACCAUGCCCUUUUCUUGCUACUCCCACUGGGCAGGAGGUACAGGAGCCUCGGGACUCACACCACCAGGUUCAGGAAGAGUUACUACCCUAUACACAUCAGGCUUCUGAACUGGCGUGGAAUCUCAGCAGUAGUGUACAUACAGUGAUAUAUAUGUAGCUUAACUUUUGAACUUUUAACUUCAUUCACCACUACUCUGAACUGAUUCUACAACCCGUAGACUCACUUUCAAGGAUUCUUUACAAUGAAUGUUCUUAGCAUUAUUUUUAUUUGUCAGUAAAAUUCUAUUUUAUUUCUUUUUUUCCCUGUAAAUGCCUGUAAGAAAAUGAAUCUCAAGGAGUAUAUGGUAACAUGUUCUUUGAUAAUAAACUUACUUUGAACUAUAAACUUUGAAGGUACUGCAUAACUAACACCCACAUGGCCUAUGUACGACUGUGCUGGGAGCCCCACUCAGCAGGAUCGAGGAAUUUGUUCAAUCACCCGUGUG